AUGGGUUCCCACUGUGCCAAGCUCGGCACGGGCCACGGCCGGGGCCACGAAUCCUCCAUGAAGAAGUUCGUGGCCUGCGUGAGUCAGGAUAACUUCUCCUUGUCGUCGGCGGGUGAGGAGGAGGGAGAGGCAGAGGGAGAGGCGGAGGAGCUCCCGGUGCAGGGCAAGCUGCUGCUGCUGGAGCCUGAGUGGCAGGAGGAAGGUGCCAAAGACGACUCUGUGGCCCAGAAGAACCCCAAGCCCAAGCAGACGCAGUCCUGA